UCCCGCCCUCUCCUGCGCUCGGCGCGCCGGGGGAGGCUGCAGAGUUGGGCGUGUGCCGCGGAGUUUUCGGAGCGCGUUGGGGAUCGCGUUCGGAGGCAGCGGCGGGGCCGGGAGCGGGGCCGGGAGCGGGGCAUGGCCGAGCAGCCCGGGGCGCCCGGCCCGCGGCUCCAGCGCGGCGCUGCUGCGGGCGAGGCGCGGCGCUGAGGGACCCCCGAACCCCCGGGACCCCCGAACCCCCCGGGGCCCCCGGAGCCGCCGGCAUGGCCCGCUGGAUCCCCACCAAGCGCGAGAAGUACGGGGUCGCCAUCUACAACUACGAGGCCGUGCAGGACGUGGAGCUGUCCCUGCAGGUGGGGGACACUGUUCACAUCCUGGAGAUGUACGAAGGCUGGUACCGAGGAUACACACUCCGGAAUAAAUCCAAGAAGGGCAUUUUCCCAGAAACUUACAUCCAUUUAAAAGAGGCCAUCGUGAAAGACCGGGGGCAGCACGAGACAGUGAUUCCCAGCGAGCUGCCCCUUGGCCAGGAGCUGACGGCCACGCUGCGGGAGUGGGCAGUGAUCUGGCACAGGCUGUACGUGAACAACAAAACCACGCAGUUCAGGCAUGUCCAGCAGCUCACCUACAGCCUGAUAGAGUGGAGAUCCCAAAUCCUCUCCGGGACCCUGCCCAAGGAUGAACUGGCUGAGCUCAAGAAAAAAGUCACUGCCAAGAUUGACUAUGGCAACAGGAUCCUGGGUCUGGACCUGGUUGUCCGAGAUGACAAUGGGAACAUCCUGGACCCAGAUGAGACCAGCACAAUCUCUCUCUUCAAGGCCCAUGAAACUGCAUCCAAGAGGAUUGAUGAGAGGAUCCAGGAGGAGAAGUCCCUGCAGCAGAGUUUGGACCUCCGGGGACAGCCAAUAUUCAACUCCACACACACUUACAGCCUCUAUGUGAACUUCAAGAACUUUGUCUGCAACAUUGGGGAAGAUGCAGAGCUGCUGAUGAGCCUCUAUGAUCCUGACCUCUCCAAAUUCAUCAGUGAAAAUUACCUGGUUCGUUGGGGCAGCAACGGGAUGCCUAAAGAAAUUGAGAAGCUGAACAACCUCCAAGCAGUGUUUACUGACUUGAGCAGCUCUGACCUGAUCAGGCCCAGGAUCAGCCUGGUGUGCCAGAUCGUGCGGGUGGGGCACAUGGAGCUGAAGGAUGGCAAGAAGCACACCUGCGGGCUGCGCAGGCCCUUCGGCGUGGCAGUGAUGGACAUCACUGACAUCAUCCACGGGAAGGUGGACGACGAGGAGAAGCAGCAUUUUAUCCCCUUCCAGCAGAUUGCCAUGGAAACCUACAUCAGGCAGCGCCAGCUGAUCAUGUCCCCCCUGAUCACCUCGCACGUCAUCGGCGAGAACGAGCCCCUCACCUCUGUCUUCAACAAAGUCAUCGCUGCCAAGGAGGUCAACCACAAGGGCCAAGGUCUCUGGGUCUCCCUGAAGUUGCUCCCUGGGGAUCUGGCUCAGGUUCAGAAGGAUUUUUCCCACCUUGUAGACAGAUCCACUGCAGUGGCUCGAAAAAUGGGGUUCCCUGAGAUCAUCCUCCCUGGUGACGUCCGGAACGACAUCUACGUCACCCUGAUCCAGGGGGAGUUUGACAAAGGCAAGAAGAAAACCCCCAAGAACGUCGAGGUCACCAUGUCUGUGCACGACGAGGAUGGGAACCUGCAGGAGAAAGCCAUCCACCCUGGGGCUGGCUACGAGGGAGUCUCGGAGUACAAGUCUGUGGUUUAUUACCAGGUCAAGCAGCCCUGCUGGUACGAGACUGUCAAGGUGGCCAUUGCCAUAGAAGAAGUCAGUCGCUGCCACCUGAGGUUCACGUUCCGUCACCGCUCGUCCCAGGAGUCCAGGGAUAGAUCUGAGAGAGCUUUUGGUAUGGCCUUUGUGAAGCUGAUGAAUGCAGAUGGAACGACGCUGCAGGAUGGCAAACACAAUUUAAUUGUUUACAAGGGUGACAACAAGAAAAUGGAAGAUGCCAGGAGCUAUUUGACUCUUCCUUGCACCAAAACAGAGAUGGAGGAGAAGGAGGCUCCCUCAGGGAAAAACCUGCACUCUCUGGCCAACUUCACCCCCACGAAGGACAGCACAAAGGACAGCUUCCAGAUUGCCACUGUCAUCUGCUCUACCAAACUCACCCAGAAUGUUGACCUGCUGGGUUUGCUGAACUGGCGCUCCAACGCCCACAACAUCGCCCACAACCUCAGGAAGCUCAUGGAGGUGGAAGGAGGAGAAAUUGUGAAGUUUUUGCCAGACACCCUGGAUGCACUUUUCAACAUCAUGAUGGAAAUGUCAGAAAAUGAAACCUAUGAUUUCCUGGUGUUUGAUGCCCUGGUAUUUAUUAUUUCUUUGAUUGGAGACAUCAAGUUCCAGCAUUUCAACGCUGUGCUGGAGACUUACAUUUACAAACACUUCAGUGCAACCCUGGCCUAUGUGAAACUCACCAAAGUCCUGAACUGCUACGUGGGGAAUGCUGAGGACUCCAGCAAGACAGAGCUGCUCUUUGCAGCCCUGAAAGCCCUGAAAUACCUGUUCAGAUUCAUCGUGCAGUCCCGGGUGCUGUACCUGAGUGUGUAUGGGAAAAGUGAGGAUGGGAAUGAAUUCAACGAUGCAAUUCGCCAGCUGUUCCUCUCCUUCAAUGUGCUCAUGGACCGGCCCCUGGAGGAGGCUGUCAAGAUCAAGGGGGCAGCUUUAAAGUAUUUGCCAAGCAUCAUAAAUGAUGUCAAACUGGUAUUUGACCCGGUUGAGCUCAGUGUCCUCUUCAGCAAGUUCAUCCAGAGCAUCCCUGAGAACCAGCUGGUCCGGCAGAAGCUGAACUGCCUGACCAAGAUUGUGGAGAGUGACCUGUUCAAGCAGGCUGAGUGCAGAGAUGCCCUCCUGCCCCUGCUCAUCGAUCAGCUGAGUGGGCAGCUGGAUGACAACUCCAGCAAGCCCGACCACGAGGCCAGCUCCCAGCUCCUGAGCAGUGUCCUGGAGGUCCUGGACCGCAAAGAUGUGGGUGCCACUGCUCUGCACAUCCAGCAGAUGAUGGAGCGGCUGCUGCGCCGGAUCAACCGCACGGUGAUCGGGAUGAGCCGCCAGAGCCCGCACAUCGGUAUCUUCGUGGCCUGCAUGACAGCCAUCCUGAGGCAGAUGGAUGAUUUCCACUACAGCCAUUACAUCAGCACUUUCAAAACCAGGCAGGACAUCAUCGACUUCCUGAUGGAAACAUUCAUUAUGUUCAAGGAUCUGAUUGGGAAGAACGUGUAUGCAGCGGACUGGAUGGUCAUGAACAUGAUGCAGAGCAGGGUUUUCCUCCGGGCAGUGAACCAAUUCACCUCCGUCCUCAACCGCUUCUUCCUGGAUCAAACCCAUUUUGAGCUCCAGCUCUGGAAUAACUAUUUCCACUUGGCAGUGGCCUUCCUCACUCACGAGUCCCUCCAGCUGGAGACCUUCUCCCAGGCCAAACGCAACAAAAUCAUCAAGAAGUAUGGGGACAUGAGGAAAGAAAUUGGCUUCAAAAUCAGGGAUAUGUGGUACAACCUGGGUCCCCACAAAAUAAAAUUCAUCCCAGCGAUGGUGGGGCCAAUCCUGGAGGUGACCCUGGUCCCAGAGCCUGAGCUGAGGAAAGCAACAAUUCCCAUCUUUUUUGACAUGAUGCAGUGUGAGUUCAACUUCAGUGGGAACGGGAACUUCCACAUGUUUGAGAACGAGCUGAUCACCAGGCUGGACCAGGAGGUGGAGGGCGGCCGAGGGGACGAGCAGUACAAGGUCCUGCUGGAGAAACUGCUGCUGGAGCACUGCAGGAAGCACAAGUACCUGGCAGCCCCAGGAGAGGUGUUUGCCCUGCUGGUCAGCAGCCUCCUGGAGAACCUGCUGGACUACAGGACCAUCAUGCACGAUGAGAGCAAGGAGAACCGCAUGAGCUGCACCGUCAACGUGCUGAAUUUCUACAAGGAGAAGAAGCGAGAGGACAUUUACAUCAGGUAUCUGUACAAGCUCAGGGACCUGCACACGGACUGUGAGAACUUCACAGAGGCUGCCUACACCCUGCUCCUGCAUGCCGAGCUGCUCCAGUGGUCAGAGAAGCCCUGUGUCCCUCACCUGCUGCAGAGGGACUCCUACUGUGUGUACUCCCAGCAGGAGCUCAAGGAGAAGCUCUACCAGGAGAUCAUCUCCUUCUUCGACAGGGGCAAGAUGUGGGAAAAAGCCAUUCAGCUGAGCAAGGAGCUGGCUGACAUGUAUGAAAACAAGGUCUUUGACUACGAGGGACUUGGCAAUCUCCUGAAAAAAAGAGCUACUUUUUAUGAGAACAUCAUGAAGGCCAUGAGACCUCAGCCCGAGUACUUUGCUGUUGGAUACUAUGGACAGGGUUUCCCCUCUUUCCUGAGGAACAAGAUCUUCAUCUACCGUGGCAAAGAGUACGAGCGCAGGGAGGAUUUUAACCUGAAGCUGCUGACCCAGUUCCCCAGUGCUGAGAAGAUGACCAGCACAGCCCCUCCAUCAGAGGAGAUCAAGGCUUCCCCUAAACAGUAUGUGCAGUGCUUCAUUGUGAAGCCUGUGAUGAACCUGCCACCUAAUUACAAAGAUAAACCUGUUCCUGAACAGAUCUUAAACUACUACAGAGCCAACGAGGUGCAGCAAUUCACUCACUCCAGACCUGUCAGGAAAGGAGAGAAAGAUCCAGACAACGAGUUUGCUAACAUGUGGAUAGAAAGGACAACCUACACGACAGCUUAUUCAUUUCCAGGCAUCCUCAAGUGGUUUGAGGUCAAACAGGUGACAACGGAGGAGAUCAGCCCCCUGGAGAAUGCCAUAGAAACCAUGGAGCUGACCAACGAGAAGAUCACCAACGUUGUGCAGCAGCAGGGCUGGGACCGCAGCCUGCCCGUGCACCCCCUGUCCAUGCUGCUCAGCGGCAUCGUGGACCCCGCUGUCAUGGGGGGCUACACCAACUAUGAGAAGGCCUUCUUCACAGAGAAAUAUCUCCAAGAACAUCCUGAAGAUCAAGACAAAAUUGAGCUGCUCAAGCAACAAAUUGCUAUACAGAUGCCUCUCCUGGCAGAGGGGAUCCGGAUCCAUGGUGAGAAGCUGACGGAGCAGCUGAAGCCGCUGCAUGAGAGGCUCACAGCCUGCUUCAGGGAGCUCAGGAGGAAGGUGGAGAAGCAGUACGGGGUCAUAACUCUGCCCCCGGCACUGACCGACAGGAAGCCGAGCCGCUCGGGCUCAGUGGUGCUGCCUUACAUCAUGUCCUCCACCCUCAGGAGGCUCUCGGUCACCUCCGUGGCCUCCUCCGUGGCCUCCACCUCAUCCACCUCGUCCGACAGCGCUUCCUCCAGGCCGGGCUCCGACGGAUCUACCCUGGAGCCUCUCUUGGAGAGGAGAAUAUCCACAUCUUCCAGAACUGAGGAGCUGCCUGUGAAAGAUGAAGGUGACAACAGGAUUUGCAAACUCAAGAGGAAGGAGUGGAGUAUUAGCAAGUCUCAGGUUAUUGUGGAGAAGGAGCCAGAAACAGAACUGACUUCCAAAAUGCAGGGCACGGCAGGGAAGGCACAGAGGCCCAAGAGUCUGCAGUUAGGAGACAACAGGCUGAGCCUGCUGCAGGGCCCCUCGCUGCAGCAAUCCACCCGCAGCCCUCCCCCCAUCACCCCCAAAACCCCCCGGACCCAGAGCUCCCCCUCCUUGCAGGCUGAUGGAUUGGCCACACCACCCCCCCCUCCACCCAAAAGCAAGCCCUACGAGGGCAGCACCCCCAGGAACUCCGUGGAGGUUGCUCCACCGCUGCCCAGCAGACGUGAGGCCAAACCUCCCCCUCCACCCCCCAAAACCAGGAAAUCCAGCGUGGUGUCCUCGGAGCAGGGGCUGCCGUGAGGAUUUGGGGUCCCAGCAACGCCCAGCCUGCAGUGGCUGCUUCAUUCCCAGCCAGCCUGGGCAUCUCCCCUGCCAUUCCACCUCUUCCCCUGCAGUUUUCCUGGGAGCUACCGCAGGGGAAGCGUUGUUGGGACUGGGUUCCCUGCCCUGUGUUGGCCGUGCGGUGCUGACACACUGAUCCAAACGUCUCCCUGCUGGAAUUCUUCUCCCUCCUGGUCCUGUCUGUCCCGAGCUUGUCACUGCUGCAAUCCCAGCAGCUCCUUCCCAGUGUCCCUGGGGAUCCUGGCUGAUCUCACUGGUGGCAUCGCUGCAGGGCAGUGGCUCCCUGCCCGGGUCAGGGUCUCUGCCCAGCUUGUGCUUUGUUUGCCACAAGAUCUCAUUUUGUGCUUUUUAAUGGGGUGGGAAAAAUCCCUCCUGUGAAUGUUUGAGAUGACAGAAGCUGCACCUCUGCCAGGGCUGGACUGGUACCACCUGCACUGACACCAGGGCUGGACUGGCACCACCUGCACCUCUGCCAGGGCUGGACUGGCACCACCUGCACCUCUGCCAGGGCUGGACUGGCACCACCUGCACUGGUACCAGAACUUUACUGGCACCACCUGCACUGAUACCAGGGCUGGACUGGCACCACCUGCACCUCUGCCAGGGCUGGACUGGUACUACCUGCACUGGUACCAGAACUUUACUGGCACCACCUGCACUGCUACCAGGGCUGGACUGGCACCACCUGCACUGCUACCAGGGCUGGACUGGUCCCAGUUCCAUAAACAGCUUGUAGCCUGUUAAUUUAUCAAUAUUGAUGAAGAUCUUGGUUUUUCUUCCAGGAAAUAAUUUUGUUUGUUCAUUCUGUCAUUUUGCUUCUGAUUAUCUUGUAGAAGUUGGGAGGAGCCACUAACACCCCGCUGAGGGUGCUGCUCACUGCAGGAAAUACAAUUACUGUUGGGCUGGGGGUUCACAGGCCAUUACUGUGCUCCCCUGACUGAAAUGGGUUUCUGACCUUAUUGAAAAACCAAAGUUUGUUAAACCUAAUGAGAAGUUUCCUCAGCAAAGGCUUUUUCAGGGGAAACCAAACCCAACAAAAUCCGACCCAACAAAAGCCACCCUCAGGAGGGGUUUGCUCAGACUGAAGCUGUCAUUUUCUUUUGUCCUUCCCAGUUCUUUUGACAUUGGUGUGACUGCAGGAGCUGCUGUGCUGCCUGCCCAGCUCUGAAAGCAGAUUGCCCUUGUCCCAGAGUCAACCCAGAUUGCCAUCAGCUCCAGCUUGGAGCUGCUUUGGAGGUGGCACUGCAGUCACAUCCCAUCCAUCCCCAGCCCUAGUGCUGCACGCACUUCCAGCUGUCUCCUGGCUGCUGCUUCUCAGGGGAGAUCUUGGGAAUCUUCCUGGACACCCUGGCCAGCUUUCCCCCUCUCUGGGGCGUUGUGGGACGUGUCAGCUCCUCCUUGUGUUCUUGGACACAGACACUGCUUGACUUGAAAACCACUGGGUUUUCUUGCCGUUCAUUUUCUGUGCACUCUCCCUUCCUGCUGCACUCACACCACGCCGUAUCCUCUGAAAGUUCCCUUCAAAAGCAGCUUUUUGUCUGGGCUGAGGAUUCUGCUUCAGGCAGAACAGCAGGAUGUGGUCCGAGCUGUCUGAAGUGCAUCUUAGCAGCACCUGUUGUUAAUUCAGUGCCUUUCCCCACUCUGCCCUCAGUCCGGGGUGCUUUUCAGACAGGUUGGGUUUAACUCCUUGAGUGAAUCAGCAGGAGCAGAGGAGGCUGCGUAGGGAUCCCAGGAAUGCUUUCCCUGGUGUGGGCAAACAGACUGAGCUGUCAGGUUUGGGUGUUUUAAAUUUAAGUGACUUUGGAGUCCUCUUUUCCGGCCUUUUUGUUCUGCUUUAACAACUUUAACAUACGGAGGUACCUUUUGCACUCAGGUUUUUUCCUGGAGAGGGAAAACUCCAUGCAGAAAACACUCACAGGAGGAGGUCUGACCUUGGGAAGAGUUUUUCAGCUGAUCUUUAACCAGCUUUUUGCUCUUUUUCUCGGGGAGAUUUGGCUCUGGCUGCAUUUUUUGCAGUUACAGUCCUUGGCAUGUCAGUGGUGAAUUAUCCCUCCCUCCCUGCCCUUCCUUGAGCAGUGCAGCUGCCACCUUCAGCUCUGCCCUGCCUUGAAAUUGUUCCUCUCACCUUAAACCUCACCUGGGUUUGCUGCUCACAAGUUCAGGCUUCUCCUCUCCCUCCCUCUUGGGCGCUGGCCUGGGCACCCUCUGACCUGGGAGGAGAGGAGCAGCUGACAUUAAAGAGUUCAGAGCAAGUUUUCCCUUCCCAGGCCAUUUUGGGCAUUUUCACUGGCAGAUUUGCCAGAAAGGGCUCUAAAUUUGCUUCUUUUUUUUUUUUCCCUUCUCAGCAUUAUUGAUGUUCUGGAGUUUGUAAACUUGUGCCACUCCAGCUCCUUUUGGCAAUGUCCCCAGAGUGGUGUCCAGUUCUCUCACCUGGCUGAUAAAAGCUGGCAUCACUGGCUCAGAGGUGCAAGAUGGAAUUUCUGUUCUGUGCCCAAAUAGUUCAGGGCUUUGGGUCAGUUUUGGGGGAAAAAUCCUCUAAGUGUCAGAUUUUUAAAGGCAAUUGGGCAUUUAAGUGUGUGAGGAAGAGCAGGGCAUUCAACUGAUUUUAAAUGAGUGGAAUUAAGUGCCUGCUCUUAGGAGGAAUCCCACCAGAACUGUGAUUUUGUGAAGUGUUUGCUCUUUGCUUGGGAGCAAAGACUUGAGUUGUGAGAUUUAAUUUGCAGAGGCAAUUUAAGGUGUCUCUGCCUUGUUUUUCUAAAUGAGAAUCAUCUCUUCAGGUUAAUGAGGUGCUUUAGGAAACGCCUCUAAUGUGUUUUCAGCUGGAGGGUUUAAAAUGGGAAUAGGACAUCCCAUAAUGACAAUCUCUGCACACCACAAAUUACAGCAAUUUCUGUCCAAUUCAUGGCUUUGAAUAAAAUCUGGAAGUUAAAACAUCCACUCUGCAGAGGAGACAAAACCUAAUCCCAUUUCAGAGCCAAGCUGUUCAAAGCUGCUGUGAAAUUUCAAGUCUUUGAGGAUUUCAGUUUUUCUCCUUUGGAGAAAUGUGCUCAACACUUGUUUUCUGGAGCUUUUAAUUAAAAUUUGUCAUGCUGUGAUAAAUUCCUUUAAAAAUGUGACAGGCUCUAAUCCACAUCGGGGCAGAGGGGAGCAGGCAGCUUUGCCUUUCGGUGGAUUACUGGAUUAGGAAAGGACAGAGACUCCAGGGAGAGCAGCUCUGAGGUCUGCAGUGGCACAGAACUCCAGGAUGGAUGUGCAGGGCCUUUUUGGGCUCCUGCAUCCCAUAAACUCCCAGCUCCCAGCCCAGUGUUCGCUCCCGUCUCACACCGAGCUGCACUUGCAGUGACAAUGCCCCAGAUUUUCCUCUCCUUAUUUAUUUUUACCAUUGUAAAUGGAAAUAGUGACUUUAAAUCUGUAAUUUAACUAAUUUUUUAAUAUAGUGAAAACAUUCCUGACCUGCUUCUGCUUCCUUCUUUUGAUUAUUUUUUAUUUUAAUUAAAACUUGACCUUAUUUUUACUGUUGCAGACCAAAUCCUGUGGUGGACCAGUGUAAGCUUUUCCAAAGACUACAGCAGGGAGGAAAAAUAAACAAAUAAUGUGAUUUUAUGGCUGUUCAAAAGCACGAAUUUAACCUGAUUCUUCUCUCUGAACAUUAAUUAAAGCACUUUUAGGAUGGUUUGGGCACUACAGGGGUUACUCAAAGGAGAUUCACACCUUAACCCAUUUUCCAGGUCCAUGUGGUGCUGGUUUGUAUUUUUAGACAGAGGUGGAAGCGCCUCAGCAGCUCCAAAGUUCACCCCAGUUACAUUUGGUUAAUUUUUCUCACUGUGGUACUACAAAGGUUUAAUCACUCGAAACCCUGGGAUGUGUUUGUUGUGAGUUCAGGAGGAUUUGGGGGUUGUGGAAGGAGCUUUUGUGUGUUCUGGGAUGCUGGAUUGAGUGCAAACUCACUUUUGCAGACUGCAAAUACAAUGUUUGGGGUUUUUUUUCAGUCCUUUGCAACUGAAUCAGUAAAAAAUAGAGCUUUAAAGUGGCUCUGGAGAGAGCUUUGGGAGGGCCUGCAGCUCUCUGGGUAAAUGCCACAUGAUUCACUAAAUCUGUAAAGCAAGGUGUACACAUUUUUGUGGAUUUUUUUAAAUGUAAUGAUCGUUGUAAAAUUUGUAAAUACAUUUUUAAAAUAAAUGUAGUUUUUAUGACUGAACCAGAAAAAAGAGCAGUAAAAGUCUUUCUUCCAUGGACCACUGGUGGGGAGUUAAUUCAAGAGGAAUUGUAUUCUUCUAUCAAAGUUCCCUUGCUGUUUUACCCAGAGGGGAGUGAGAUGAGGCCAUGGUUUUGUCUGGACACAAGAAACAAAAGUUGUCACAUCCAA